CUGACUUCAUACAGUUUAGCGCCAGAGAUCAUUCUCAAGAUCUUUUCAUAUUUGGAUGCUGGUUCUCUCUUCUGCAUCAGUUUAGUCAACAAACGCUUCAAUGAACUGUCCAACAGCAAUCCCUGUAGUGCCAUGUGGUAUCAGUUUUACCUUCGUGCAUGCACCAGAAAUAAGAAAGUCAACCAGAAAACCGGAAUGAUACAUGGUCCAAACACAGUUAGCAUCCAGGAAAAGCCCAAAGGAUACUGGAGAAACAUGUUCUUCAAAGAAGUUUCGGGCCUUAAUGUGAACAAGUGGAGAAAAAGGCUUCAACGCAUUGAUCCUUAUUCAGGCAUGCCGAGUUAUACAGAGGAAGUCCUGAGGAGUCUGUGCGUUACAUGGGAAAUCACAGUGACUGAUGGGAGAGGACGGCAGAGCACCUUUGAGCAGUUUCAUGUCUCCUUCAGCAGUACGGCUGUUUUCCUGUUUUGGGGUGCUGUGAAUUGGCCUUCAUUCAACCAGCUUACCUCACUUGAGCUUUACGGACUGAUGCGGGUGCCACUCCACUGUCCAGCUGCUUACAGGCCUGGCUGGAAAUCAUUUAUGUCCAAAAUCACACUUAAGGGGGAACAUAAGGAGCUGCGUUUUUCAGACAAGCUUGUCAAAUUGCUAUACAUUGGACAGGGUGUAACUUUGGGAUUUUGGCAGGACGGAGGGGCAUUAGCCUUUGUCAUUGUGAAUCUGCACACUUACAGACUUGUGGAAAGAAGUCUUCAAGCAUCUCUUUGUCCCCGUACAUCAGCUGAAGUCAGUGCAUUGUUUGAUGAUGUGGAUCCAGAGUAUGGUCUCCAUGGAUACGCUGCUUACAUAGAACUGCAUAAUACUGAGAGAGUGAUCAUGUCUGCACGCCAAUCCCAGCUGUUCUGCAGGAGAGGUCAAAUUUCUAAUGGAUACCUUCCACUAGAAGUGAUCAGUCAGGGUAAAGGAUGCCUAAAUGCUCAUCUGGUUAGUGAUGUCAGAUUGCCUUGGAGGACUGAAGCGCUAUGUGGAAAUAUCAAGGAUUGUUGCAUGAUGAACCUAACUGUAUGGGAUGAAGCUAAGCAGCCUUUUUGGUGUGUCAGUGCCCCUGUUGUCAUAACAAAAGCAGACCAAGAUGUGGUAUCAUAUGAUGCUGAUGGACUGAAUGUAUCAAUCCUGUACCAGGACUCAGAGGGGAAGGUGGAGAUCAGGCUAAGACAGGUGGAGCAUAAGAAGGAGUAUAUUGUGGUUAAUCUAGUGAUUUACAUUUCUAUCUCCAAAGUGAAUAAGCACUUUGGGAAAGAUUAUUAAAGCUUUAUGUGUUAUGUGUGUUUAAGUCUGUUUAUAUGACAUUUUUUACUUUAUUUGUCUUAGAAGAUGACUAUUUGAAAAAAAUAAUAAUUCUGGAUUAAACUCUAGCUACUGUAAGUGAUGUCCUGAUCAUUUUAAUACACUUUUCUCUUUUGAGCUUUCAGUAAGUAUCAACAAUCACCCAAAUAAUAAUAUAAAGUAAUAAUUGAGGAGCUCAGAUGCAAAGCCACAAAAUGCCACCUUUGUCAAAAAUGAAAAAUUAGAUCAUGAUAUUGACCGCAUGCCGUCAGCACAUUUUAUACGUUCAACAAUUACUUUCGUUUUGUACAAUGUUAGUUCAUUAUAGAUAUUUUGAUCGCAAUUAUUAUUCAUUUUUGUCUUGUAAUUACUUCAACACCAAUAGCCUUAAGCGUUCUGAAACUCCAUUUUAUUUGAUUUACCUUUUAAUCUUCAUCAGAAAUGUCACAUUUACUACCCAUUAUGCUUAUUUCUGCCAAGUAUUAGGAUUUGCAUAAUGGAUGGUUAUGGUCGAUCCUACGACGCAGUACCAGCGUAACGUUUCUUAACAAGGAACAUGACAGAAUUCUUGUGUGCCAGGAGAUUUUUGUUUUAUAUUUUUUUAUAGGUAAUAGAUUUCUUUUUGCCCUAGAGGUAGAUUAUGAUCUUUUGUCAUAGCGUCAAGUUACACUUUAAAUCUCUGCGCCAUUGGUUUAUGCUAAUUUAAUAGUCCAUAAAAUCUUUGCUGAAGUGCUUGAAAUGAAGAUGUAUCACAUUAUAACACCAAGGGCAUUAAUGUACGAGUAAUGGAAUUUUAGAGUGUGACUUUGUGAACAAUAUUUUGACAUAAUUAAACGCUCCUGAAUGUGACUUACGAAGCUUAUCCAUGUUCAGUACACUACAAAAAUCCCAGUGUAUACUGUGCAAUGCUUUUAUUCUGAAGCCUCAGGGUUUUUAAUCUGGUACAAAGCACAAGACAAUUGAAUAGGGUUACUGUAUAUAAUCAUAUUUGUGAUAUGACACAAUUCCAGAAUUGGAGUAAUAUCUCACCUAGGUCAGUCAUCAGAGGUGGGGAUGUUAUGGCAGCUGGCAAGAAACACUGAUG